AUGGUUCGGCGCUGGGUCCGGAGUGCAGGCACCACCGGCCCCACCGGCGGCGAGGGCGCAAAGCCCAAGCCGGCCGCCGAGCGCGUGAACGUGGUGUGGCACAAGUGGUCCGACCUGCGACUGUUGGAUCAUGAGCCCUUGUGGCACGCCCACCAACGUCCGGAGCCGGUCCUCCACCUUCACCUGGUCGAGCUCCAACUCCUGGCCGGCCACGCGCGCGUGAGCGGCGUGCAGCGCUGCUCGCCGCGGCGGAAAGAGUUCUGGCGCCAGUGCGUGGAGGACCUUUCGGAACGGCUCCAAGAGCGUGGACAACACUUGGUGGUGCGAGCGGUGGAGGACCCCGCCGAGUUCUUCGCAUCGCUCUGCGAACAGCUUCCCAUCCUGCGCGUCUAUGCGCACCAAGAGUUCUGCGACGAGGAGCUGCAGAUCGAGGCAUCGGUGCGGCGGGUCCUGGCGCAGCACGGCGCGGAGCUCUGCACCUACUGGGGCGCCCUCACUGUGCACCACAUCGACGACCUGGGCUUUGAUGCACGAGACAGGAACCAGAUGCCCUGGUACAAGGGCGAGUUCCAACGCGCCGCCAAGCGGCGGCCCAUUCGCGAGGCGGCGAAACGGCGGCGUUAG